CAUGAGUAUAUGGCAUGUGGCACUGGUAUAUGGCAUGUCGUAAAUACGAAGCAGUUCGAAUUAUCUCGAAAAUCAUGUUUAUCGCGUGAUGGCGACAGUAGUUUUAGACAAUGGAGCCGGUGCUGCUAAAGUGGGAUACGCAACUGACAAAGAACCAAGGAUUGUUCCAAAUUGUGUGACCAAAGCUAAGAAUGUAAGGACCAGAAUAUUUAUUGGCGAUCAAAUUGAUGAUUGCAAAGAUCUAUCAGGACUGUAUUAUCUCCUGCCAUUUCAAAAGGGGUAUUUAGUCAAUUGGGAUAUAGAACGUCAAGUGUGGGACUACAUUUUUGGAAAAGACGCUCUGAAGGUAGAUUUCAAUGAAACCAACUUAAUUGUGACUGAGCCAUAUUUUAACUUCAAUUCUGUCCAAGAGGCUAUGAAUGAAAUCUUUUUUGAGGAAUAUGCAUUUAAAUCUGUUUUAAAAUCUAAUCCUUCCUUUUUAAGUCAGUACAAAUACACUAAGGAGACCAAUGCACCGCCUCUGUGUAGUGUGGUGCUGGACACUGGUUACUCUUUCUCUCAUGUGGUGCCUUAUUUAAAGGGAAAGAAGAUCCCAGAGGCAGUCAAAAGAGUAAAUGUAGGUGGCAAAGUUUUAACAAAUCAUCUGAAGGAGGUGAUAUCUUACAGACAGCUGAUGGUGAUGGAUGAAACGUAUGUCAUUAACCAAGUGAAGGAGGAUGUCUGCUAUGUGUCGUCACAGUUUAUGGAGGACAUGGAUAUUGCCAAGAAGAAGGGUAAAGAGAACACAAUAGCUAGGGACUAUGUUCUGCCAGACUACACCCACAUCAAGAGGGGCUACGUCAGACCCCCUGAGGAGACCACAGGGAAGGCCAAGGACGGGGAGCAGAUAAUUCGUAUGAACAAUGAGAGGUUUGCUAUCCCCGAGCUCCUCUUCCACCCGUCUGACGUCGGGGUCCAGGAGAUGGGCGUGGCCGAGGCUCUGGUGUACGCCAUCAGUACUCUGCCUGAAGAAAUGCAGCCCCAUAUGUAUAAGAACAUUGUACUGACCGGCGGCAAUUGUUUAUUACCCGGCUUCUCUGAUAGAUUUUAUGCUGAUGUGAGAAGUAUGGCGCCUGAAGAUUUUGACAUCAAAGUGAAGACCCCAAACAACCCUAUAACCUAUGCCUGGGAAGGUGGAUGCAUGCUUGCUAACACAGAGGACUACAAGAAAAUGGCAGUCACGAGAGAGCAAUACGAAGAACACGGACAUACUAUCUGCUCAGAAAAAUUUGACAUCUGACACUAGCAUUAAGCUUACAUGUACAUGUAAUACACCUUAUGCAAGACCAAUCUGACAAGAGUGUAAAAACAUGUACUGUUCAUGUUAUUCACCCAUAUCAUACAUGAUGAACAGUUCUCGGUAACUUGUCAGGAUUUGAAAAAUUGAUUGAAAUGAAUUUUACAAUACUGGCCAGUAUUGGCCCUUGUUGAGAGAGAGAGAGAGAGAGAGAGAGAGAGAGAGAGAGAGAGAGAGAGAGAGAGAGUAUUGAUGCACUUUGUUUGAUGUUCAAGUUUAGGGGAAAAAAUUACUAAAAUUUAUAUGGUGGAAAAUGUUUACCAGCCAUUUUGAUGAAUAUUACUGGACUUUUAAUUUUUAGAUAACUGAAGGAAAAAAAAUGUUUUUGUACAUGUGUAGGGUCACUUUAAGUGUUGAACAUCACAAAACUUUCUUUAGUCAUCUUCAGCCAUUUUGUUGUUGAUAUUUUUAUUUUUUAGAUCCUCUUAGAUAGGUACUGUAAAAAGAAAGCGCCAUGCUGCUUAGAAGAUGUGAAGAAGUAGCAUUUUAUAGUGGGCAGCAAAUUAUCUGUACAUUUCAUACAUGUGAACUUGAUACUGUUAAGGCAUUACAAUAUCUGUAUAAACACUGCCACAGUUGUUUUUAAAAACAGUUGAAGACAAACUGUUUUUGUGGGUUACUGUUAACUUUAAGAGUCACAGAUCAAUUUCAAAUGUGUUUUCAACUUAAUCCUAAAUUGUGUUCAACUAUAUUUAACUAUACACUUGUUGUAUAUUAACAAUGAGUUUUCAUUGGAAUACAUUGUAUUUCAUUAUAGCUUUUUUUUUUACACAGAUAACUGACAAAUAAAAAA